AUGGAGGAGGGAUGCGGGCUCAAGCUUUACCUGUUUGAGGUCAUCACUGACGAGGUUGCCACUACAGGGAUCAGCGCGAGGCCCUGUUCUCGCUCGUCACCGACGCCAGCGGCACGCUCCGGCUCAUCGAGAUCGGUGGGGACGAGUGGGGCGCAUUGGCCAUCGAGUUCGAGGGCGAGAUCCACGGCAACGCCAUCGGCCCUUUUGGCAUCUCCCGCGCGCCAGGGUGGUGGUCCAGGCGGUGUGGCGCCGCGCCAGGUGAGCAGCCGCCUGCGGGGAAGCGUGUUGCCCGUGGGGCAGCUCGCCCACGCCGACGACCCCCCAGAGGCGAUCGGCUCGAAGCGACGCAGGGGACGGACUGCCCUCAGCGGGGUCAUCCUCGCUGGCGGUUUCUGUUUCCCAGGGCGAGGGGGCCAAGGCGCGGGGGCCCUCGAGUGGGUCAGGGUCGGUUGUCACUGCGACUCACCGCCUGCGCCGCGGGCAUCUCCGAGAUGA